AUGGCCAGAAACGCUCAUCUGGACAGCGGGAGGCUGCGGUUCCUGUAUGUCACGUGGGCGGUGCUGGAGACCAUGUUGUUUGGGGGCCUGAUGAAUGGCUGGGCCUCCCUCGUCUUCAUCCUGAAGGAGGAUGGACUGUAUAGAGACCUGUGUGAGAACAACAGCUCUCUCACUCUGCUGGGCAAUGGGAGCUCACCACACUCCAGCAUCUGUACAGAACAGGAUGCCAUGCUCAAUCUCUGGUUCAGCAUCGCCACUGGGCUGAGAAACAUCUUCGGAAUAGUUAUCGGACUUAUCAUCUUCAAGUUUGGUACUCGUGUGGCCAGACUUCUAGGAUGGUAA